AUGCCGAGCCUGAGCCGAAACCUCUACCAGGGGCCCAAGGAAUCAGUCAGCGGCGCCAUUAGUGCCCUCUCGUGGGGAAUGGAUGCUGCCGGUGAUGACAGUGGCAAGCGUUGGAUGGAUGUCAAGUUGAAAGUCAGGCGGAAGCUACUGGGGCAAAGUCGUCGGGCAUCAGACGUGGGGCGCCGGGGGGAAGGGCGGGAACCAGCAGGGAAUGGCAGUGCCUGGAGGUCGAGGAGCUCAGAGCUUUCGCGGUCGAGCGUCACCAUGCUGCUGAAUGGCAUUGAGCAGCAGAAUGGUUGCAGGCGGGAUGCGCUGUGCGCUGUGGCACUGACAGGCCAGACGGGGUCCUUCAUGUACAUGGCCCCGGAGAUCUUCCAGAGGAAGCCCUACUGUGAAACCGUGGACGCCUUCAGCUUCGGCACCAUCCUCUAUGAGGUGUUCUCUGGCUCCCUCCUUAUGAUCUCCCACACAGAUGUGGGCUCCCCCAGGGCCACCGUCACCUAUGCCCACCGCGUGGCCUUAGGUUACCGGCCGGCCCUGCCCAAGCAGUUCCCAAACGAGGUGUCAAGGAUCAUAAUGGCAUGCUGGAUGGCUGACGGACUGGACAGGCCCAUGUUUCCAGAGAUCGUCGGUGCAUUGAAAGAAAUUCGGAGCAAGGGGGCGAUCAAGGGACUAGCACGGAAGCGGCUGAAUUUCUUGCAGAGGCUCUGCGGCGCCGGCGGCAGGGCUCUUGACCAUGAAUGCCAAGUGGGUGGCCAUAGCUUCUAG